AUGAUAUCUGCUGAAAGAGAACUUGAUGCCUUAACAAAACCUAUUGAUAAAGUUCAAAAAUUAGAGAAAAGAGCUAAUAAAAUAAAGGAGCUAACAAGAACCAUUUAUCAAAACUUUUUUAAGCCCGGAAUAAAAAGGUUUAUCAAAUUACCAACAAAAUAUGAUGAUUUUGAUUGGGAGCUAUUCAUAAUUGAGAUCAAGCAAACAUUUGAAAUUGAAAUAGCUAAUUCCAGAGAAAAGAGAAAUUCUGGUUCCACAUUUACUUCAAUCAGUAAUCAUUUGCAUGAUCUCUUAAGAAUGAAAAAUAAGAUUGGUUCUGAAACGAAAAUAAAAUUAAUUGAUGGUAUUACGACAUUAAAAAGAGCAAAAAGCAAAAAAACUCUAAUAAUUGGAGAUAAGCAAAUAAGUUUGAAAGAUCCAAUGAUACUUAAUACACAUAAGCGUAGUUUUGAUAUACUCUUGGGAAGAGACAUCUUGAAAAAAUACGGUGCCAUUAUAAACCAUAAGCAUGGAACCAUAAAAUGGGAUGAAGAUAUAUCUGAACAGCACUUGAAUUUCCUAAUGACACCAAGUGAUUUCAAAGAACAUGAUAGAAUAAUGUCUUUAAAUUCAGAAGUUAAGAAAUAUAGAUUAAACAAAGAAACUAAUAACCACACUGAAACCAAUUUCUAUAUGAAAACAGAAAAUAUUCCAUUCUCAAAGAAGGAAUUAGUAGAAAACAAAAUAAAGACUAUAAAUACAAGCAAGCAGAAGAGAAAGCAUACUUCAUGA